AUGCCACCUUCUCGCACCAUACAAGCUCAAGACCCGGGGUCCACCUCUACGGUUCCAGCCAAUCCCAUCCAUCCAGACUUCCUUGAAAGUCUAGACCAAGACUUUAUAGACUUCUACAAUGCAACACUGGGUAAAGCGGCACCUGACAAAAAUGCUUCACUCGAGGAAGUCCGGAAACAAAGAGCAAACUACCACUCCCGGGGUGUAAGAAAGCUUUCGCAAGCAGUGUGUGUCGAAGACAUCAAGCUGCAGGCUGAUGAUGGGUAUCUCUUCACAGUACGGCUAUACAAGCCAGACUCUCGUGCGUCGCCAUAUGGCACGGGACCGUACCCCGUACACAUCAACUUCCACGGUGGAGGUUUCACUUUCGGCGAUCUGAAUAGUGACGCGAAAAUAUGUAUGGCGAUCCGGAACCGGCUAGGCAUACUAGUCGCCGACGUUGAUUAUCGUCUCAGGCCUGAACACGCAUUAGGCAAGGGACAUGAUGAUUCCUGGACUGCGGUACAAUAUAUUUACAGCCACGGUGAAGAGGUCAAUGGCCGAUCAGACUCAAUAUCAAUCGGUGGAAUAUCAGCGGGUGGUCAGAUAGCUGCCGUGACACAGCAACGUGCCCGCGACGCUGGGAUUCCGCUCAAACUUGCCUUCUUGGGUGUACCCGUCACCGCCUCCCAUGCACACUACGAGAAGGCAUCAGAUUCGGAGUUCCCGUCGUUCGUCGAGAAUGAGUUCGCGCCGUGUCUCAAUUGGGCACGGAUCAUGUUCUACCGCGAGAACUCCGAGACGGGUGCUGUCGACGACGAAGCCGAGCGAGCAGCGCUGCCGGAGUUCUACUCGAGUCCCAUCAAUGGCAACCUGGAGGGCGUGUGCGAGACGUUCGUCGGCACGGCAAGCGCCGACCCGUUGAGGGACGAAGGGGAGCUGUAUGGUCAAAAGCUAGUUGCUGCCGGUGUCAAGACGACAGUAAGGAGGUAUCAAGGGGUGCCGCACCCAUUUAUGCACAUGCCCCUCAAGAAAGCGGAGAUGUACAUGCACGAUCUAGUCGGGGCACUACGGACAGCGCAUGGUGUAGGCAUCCUGAAGCCAAUCCCAACGAAUCUGUUCACACGAAGAAAGGUGUUCCAAUCAGCCAAGCAGCGAAGGCCGUUUGCGGCUGCUCUACCGAUUCGCAAUGGAGCCACGAGGAGUUGGAGUUGGACCCCUGGGAGGAUGGGCCAAGCUGGCAAGGGGCAUAGCACUAAUACAUAG